AGUUAGUUACAAGAUGAACACCACCGACGUGUUUGACGGCAUGAAUUACACCAACUCCUCAACUGGGGAGGUAGACUUGGAUAUUGGGAAACGAGUUGUUGAAGGCAUAGCCUUUACAAUCAUCACCCUUUUGAUUCUAACUGGCAACUGCCUGUGUCUGCUCGUGUUAAGGACCGCAAAGGACAUGAACGAAGUUACCCGAAUCCUACUUAUAUCACUCACAGCGGCCGAUCUCCUCAUGGGUACCCUUGUCAGCGCGCCGAUUCUCGGCACUGUCAUCACCAAUGGCUGGCCUUACGGGUACGUAUUCUGUGCCAUAUCAGCGUCCGGUAAUCAAAUCUGUGCAACUACCUCGUUGUUCUCCCUCCUCCUUAUCAACUUUGAGCGGUAUGUUUGCAUCUCACGACCCCUGAGGUACCCGUUGUUUGUGACGGUCCAUCGUGCCCGUAUCGCGGUCCUCUGCGUAUGGGGUCUUGGGCUAUUCCUCGGACUAUCAAACUGUUUUCUCCCGGGAAGGAUUGCUAAUUAUCAUGAGUACCUCCAUUCCUGUUUCUUCGACCCCAUGUCAGGAGAUCCAGACGUCAUGGGAACAGUUUGUGUGAUUCUGUUUGUCUUUGCACCAUUUCCAGUUCUAAUCCUCAUGUAUGUUAGAAUCUACAUGAUCGCCCGUAGACACGCCAAGUUUAUUGGCUCUCAGGCGGCGGUGUCUGCCCAACGGUCCAGUCCCCAAAGAGACGGUCGUCCAAGCAUGGACCAAGGGAGGAUAAGAAAGUUCUUUCCUGAGCUCAAAGCAGCGACAACUUUCGGAAUCAUAACCUUUACUUACGCUUUGGCUUGGAUGCCUUUCUUCGCCAUAGUCAUUUAUGAGAACCUGACAUUAACCAAGGCUGCCAGGUAUAUAACUGUAACAACAGCGUGUGCCUCACUGUCGAACAGCUGGCUUAACGUGAUUGUGUAUUACGUCCGCAAUCGAGUAUUCCGUUCAGCUGCUAAGAAACUGAUAUCUGGGUGUAAACAGGUGGAUGUUGUAUUCUAAAACUAUCCUGAUAUUGUUUUCGUGACUUUAUAAUGAAGGUACUUAUAAUUGUAAUAACAUUGAUGCCAAACCAUCACACUUGGCAUAGAUUAUUAAUUAGGGUUGGAUAACAUGGACGGUUUAUCGAUCUUGAGCUUAUCAAACAAUCUCCAAACGCCAGCUUGAAACGAAAACGGCAACAAUUAGUCUUUCCUGAAACUUAUUUUAAAAGGUUUCAAUCAAAAAUGAAAUUGAGUUCAUCUUCAGAGUAAACAGGUUUUAACUGCAGAAAAACAGCUUUCAGAAACAGUCGCGAAAAGUUUUGACUCGGGUGACGCCAUUUUUGGGAGCUUUGUUCUUUUUUAAAGCCGCUUUUUCAAAACCUUAAGGUAAGGGCUUAGUUUUCUGACGAAUGAUAAUAACGAGAAAGUGUAAGAAAAACCUCAAUCUUACAUAAUUAAACGCUUGGCAGACGUCUCAUUCAAAUUAAGGCGGUAACCUUUGACUAAGCCAGUCACGGCACCAGCCUUUCAGCUUAACAUUAAGAUCCAAUGUUCAUUUUAUUAUUCAUGUUGACAAUGACAAUUAAACAUACAAUUUAAUCAAAUAACAGUGAGUAUAUUAGCUUUGGGUUUACCCGUUUACACUGUUGUAUGUUAGCACUGUAUACUCAGUACUUACCCGAGUUCUGUGAAAACAAUCACAGGCAUAUGACUCGGGUGGGAUUCAAACCCACGACCUUUGCAAUGUUAGAGCAGUGUCAUACUUAGGAGGAUAUGGAUGCCACGUGAUUAAAUUUUAUAAAUGUAAAUUUAAAUUUCAACAUUUUAAAUUUCUUACUAGCAAAAUGGCCAACAAUGACAACACCAUUACUUCAUAUAAAGUGGAGUUAUCCAUUAUGCUAAAUCCGAAUAAUAUAAUAGUCACAGUUCAUUUAGAACUUGAUGGCUUAUCAUAUAAUUGUGUUCAUGUUGUGUUGGAAGCGCUGUUUGCUGUUGUCUAAAAACUGUAUUAAUUGUAUUCCAUAAUGUAACAACAGUUGUAAAGCUGAAAACAAAAAAUCAAAUCGUGAGUUUGUUACACCAGUAAAUGGUCCUUUAUACGUCAUUUAUAACCAUUGACCGUUGUGGGCUUAUUGUAUUCAAGACAACGGCAUAAAUAUUUAUGAAAGAUUUUUAUAUUCCGCGUUACCUCAGGAUAUGUGGUUCACUAAGAUCCCAAGGGCAGUUGUGAUUGAAAUAAUAUGUACAUGGCUAAUGGUGGUACAAGGCUGUGAACGUUAGUCAUAAAAGCUAAAAGGUUCUACGUAGGAAGUCUCAGGAAGUCGUACUGGAAGUCGCAUAUAGGAAGUGAACCAGUUAAUAAAAGUUUAAUAAACUAAACGGACGCGUUGUUUUUGAACUAAUUUG